AUGAUUGACAAUAACAUUACAACUAAAGGCGAUAUUACACAAACAUCAAAGUCAUUAAGUGACAAUCUUAAUUUUAUAUCACAAAAUAUUCUUAUUUAUUUACCAUUAAUCUUUUUAAUCUUUGGUCUCAUUGGAUUUAUUGGUAAUGUUUUUACAUAUCUUCAACCUCAACUUCGUUCAAAUACUUGUUGUAUUUAUUCACUUUGUGGUUCAUUCAUUGAUAUUAUUGAUCUCUGUAUUAAUUCAUUUCCAAGUUACCUUGCAUGGCAAUUCGGAUUUACACUACCAUGGUCUACAUCAUCUGCUCUUUGCAAAUUCUAUAUCUUUAUCGUGGUGUUUUUGCCACAUUUAUCAAUAAAUUUUCUAUGCACGGCUAUUAUUGACCGAUUUGCCAUAACAUGUGAUCAUACAUCAUCUAUUCGUCGAAUAACUCAACUUCGAAUAGUACCAUGGAUGAUUGGUCUGACUGUUCUCACCAGUGGUCUUUUUUCAUUGUAUGUUCCUAUCAAUUAUGAUCUUAUGUAUGGAUAUUUAUGUAUAUCAAUACAACCGAUGGUAACAAGUAUUUCAUAUAUUGUUCUUAUUGGUUUAAUUUCACCAAUAAUAAUGAUAAUAUUUGUUUUACUUACUUAUCGAAAUGUUCGCCGAAGUCGUGGACGAGUGGGUGAAGUAACCAGAACACGUGGACAAAAUCUUCGAAAUCAAUUUAUUGUAACUAUAUUUGCACAAAUUCUAAUAACAAGUUUCAUUGCAUUACAAUGGAUUAUAAUGUUUACGUAUUUUACAUUUGCUCCAAUUUACACGGAAACUCCUGUAGAUUUAUCGAUUAUUUUCUUUCUUCUUAGUCUUAGUACUAACCUUUAUUACUUAAAUAAUGUCAAAGCAUUUUAUAUUACAAUAUUAACAUCUCGUGUAUUCCGAAAAGCAUUUGUUGGUGGUUUGAACAAUUUAUUUCGUCGUUAUAUAAGACAACAAAUGAAUGUAUCAAUGGUUAAUCCAUUUACACAAACUAGAAAUUAA